AGAGUGGUCCCUAAGUUCCUAUGGCUUUAAAUUCAAAGGUCUCACCCUAGAUCUUCCAAAAGCAACGUCGUUUUGCUUGUGUAGAUCACAUUGGUCCCUAGUGUUUUACUUUUGGCUAGUUGCAUUAGUGAUUAUACUUGAAGGUUGAUUUGGGAAGUGGGGAAAUGGCGAAAAUCUCCAUUCGUUUUUGGGGGAUGAUUCUGGUCAUAUGCUUGUGCUGGGCAGCCAUGGCAGAAGCAGAGUACAAGAAAUACAAGGAUCCGAAGCAGCCCAUAAACGUUCGAAUCAAGGACUUAAUGAGCCGGAUGACUCUGGAGGAGAAGAUUGGCCAAAUGACCCAGAUUGACAGAACUGUUGCUUCUGGUCAAGUGAUUAACAAGUACCUUCUUGGGAGUGUGUUGAGUGGCGGAGGUAGUGUUCCGGCCCCAAACGCGUCGGCUGAGACAUGGAUCGACAUGGUAAAUGGUUACCAAGUAGGUGCGCUAACCACCCGCCUUGGGAUCCCAAUUAUCUACGGCAUUGAUGCUCUCCACGGCCACAACAAUGUCUACAAGGCCACCAUUUUCCCUCACAAUAUUGGUCUCGGAGCUACCAGAGAUCCUGAACUAGUCAAGAGAAUCGGAGCAGCCACUGCUCUUGAAGUCAGAGCUACAGGCAUCCAUUAUACCUUUGCACCCUGUAUUGCGGUUUGUAGAGAUCCAAGAUGGGGGCGGUGCUUUGAAAGCUACAGUGAAGAUCACAAGAUUGUUCAGGCAAUGACUGAGAUCAUUUCAGGAUUACAAGGAGAAAUCCCUGCUAAUUCCCGAAAAGGCGUACCCUUUCUUGGCGGCCAAAACAAGAUCACGGCAUGCGCUAAGCACUAUUUGGGUGACGGAGGGACAACCGAUGGAAUCAACGAAAACAACACCGUUAUAAGCAGGCAAGGAUUGCUAAGCAUCCACAUGCCAGCCUAUCUUAAUGCGAUUGUCAAGGGAGUAUCAACCGUGAUGAUCUCCUACUCGAGCUGGAACGGACUAAAAAUGCAUGCCAAUCAUGAACUUAUCACCGGUUACCUCAAGAACAAACUACGUUUCAGGGGAUUUGUCAUCUCGGAUUGGCAAGGACUUGAUCGGAUCACAAGUCCACCGCACGCCAACUAUACGUACUCUGUCCUAACUGGAAUCCAUGCCGGCAUUGACAUGGUCAUGAUUCCAUUUAACUAUACAGAAUUCAUCGACACUCUAACCUCCUUGGUGAAUAAAAACUUCGUUCCAAUGACCCGAAUUGACGAUGCAGUAAAAAGGAUAUUGCGAGUUAAGUUCACAGCGGGCCUCUUUGAACACCCAUAUGCUGAUUACAGCUUCGUUAACGAGCUAGGAAGUCAGGAGCAUAGAGAAUUGGCGAGGGAGGCUGUGAGGAAAACUCUUGUGCUGCUGAAGAACGGUAAAUCGGAUGAUCAACCAUUGUUACCACUUCCGAAGAAGGCAAGAAAAAUACUUGUUGCAGGAACCCAUGCCGACGAUCUUGGUAACCAGUGUGGCGGGUGGACAAUCACAUGGCAGGGACUUAGCGGUAACAAUAACACAAUUGGAACCACAAUACUUAAGGGCAUUAAAAAAACUGUCGACCCGACAACUGAAGUAGUCUACAAGGAAAACCCAAAUCCCAACUUCGUCAAGUCUGGUAAAUUCUCCUAUGCCAUUGUUGUGGUAGGAGAACCACCGUACUCGGAGACAUUUGGCGACAGCUUAAAUUUGACACUCCCGGAACCUGGCCCGAGCAUCAUCACGAACGUAUGUCGAUCGGUGAAAUGUGUUGUUGUCCUCAUAACUGGCCGCCCGGUCGUGAUCCAACAAUACGUUCCCGUUAUGGACGCCCUGGUAGCCGCCUGGCUGCCCGGAACCGAAGGCCGAGGCAUCGCUGAUGUCUUGUUUGGGGACUAUGGUUUCGUUGGAAAGCUCUCUCGAACUUGGUUCAAGACUGUCGAUCAGCUCCCGAUGAACGUCGGCGACCGGCAUUAUGACCCUCUAUUCCCCUUUGGAUUCGGACUGACCACUAAACCAACCAAGACACAGUAAAAGAAAUUCUGUAUUUUUCAAUUUCAUCCAAUUCUCCAUUGGAUUUUUUUUUCCUUCCCUUCCCCGCUUCAGCCCCCUGCUUUGUUGUGGGAGCUCUUGUAUUCUCUCCCUUAUUGAGUUCUUCGUAAAUUUUUCUUUUGCCAAUCGAAAAGAAAAAUCAAUACUUACGUUUGCGUUA